AUGGAUAGUGCUCAGGUUCGGCUUGCUGCUCUCCAAGCCUCUGUGUCCUACCUUACUGCAUGUGAUCAACUUCAAUUAUCACACUCGCUCUCGCUACUCUAUUCAAUGCUAGACACAUUACCUUCCCUUCCCGACAUUCACCUUAAAUCCUUCCUCAGCUCGCUGACGCUAUUAUGCUCAUCUCAUCCUAAUCUCUUUGUGCCUCAUAUGGAUGCCCUACUGUCUUUCUUGCGUGGUUUCAUAAUGCCAAGCGUUGACUCAGGCCCGACACCCACGGUUGCUAAGCCAUUCCCCGGCACAUCAAGUUUCACGUUCCCUCCCGGCGGAUCUGGCAGUCGGACUCCAGAUGGCAAUGACGAAGUCACAGAGGACGAGGAGAAAGAGUUGGUCAGAAAAGCUGCAUUAGAAUUUAUGGUAAGUCUUACCGAGGCUAAGCCUGCAUUGGCGAAGCGUUCGGAAGGAUGGACGGCGGCUAUGGUAAGAGCAUCUCUAGAGGGCAUGGGGGAAUUACCAGAAGACACGUUGGAUUCCUGGCUCGAAGCUGAUCAAUCCCUCGAUAGGGUGGCCUGUGCUCUUGGAGGUAAAGCAGCACUUCCUCCGGCGUUCCAAUAUAUUCUAUUGAGGCACGCUGGCCUGAUGGCUAUCGCAGGCAUAGCCGAAGGCACGAACAAGGUGAUGCAAAUGGAACUUGGGAAGGUUGUUAACCUCAUUACUCCAAUGUUCAAGGACGCACGUCCAUGUGUCCGGUAUGCCGCAUAUCAAUGCGUUGGUCAACUAUGUACUGAUUUGGAGGAAAUCAUUCAAGAUCGCUACCACGAGCAAUUAUUUGCUGCGUUGAUCCCAACACUAGAAGCGCCAGAACCUCGUGUGCACUCGCAUGCCGCUGCUGCCCUGAUCAACUUUUGUGAAGGUGUCGAACGUGACACCCUUGUUCCUUAUUUGGACCCGAUCGUUGAGCGUCUGCUCAAGAUGCUCAAUCCAGGAGCUGAGGAUGGCAAAGUAGUCAAAGGUUAUGUUCAAGAACAAGCUAUUACAACUCUUGUUAUGGUCGCUGACGCCAGUGAGGCAACAUUUGCUAAGCACUAUGCCUCCAUAAUGCCUCUUCUUUUAAAUGUUCUCCGCAACGCCAACAGUUCUGACCAUUACAAGCUACGCGCGAAAGCCAUGGAAUGUGCUGGUUUAAUAGCAAUUGCCGUUGGACGUAAGGUUUUCCGCACUGACGCAAAUACGCUUAUUGAGCUUUUAAUCAAAAUCCAAAAUUCUCCUGUUGAUCCCUCGGACACCAUGCUGCCCACCUUUUUAAUUGCUACUUGGGCUAAAAUUUGCCAAGCUCUCGGCAUCGAGUUCGAGCCGUUCCUUCCUGUAGUCAUGCCUCCACUACUGAAUGCAGCCAGCGCAAAAGCCGAUGUCUCUAUUUAUGAUGAUGAAGACGAUGUCGGCGAGACGCGAGAAGGCUGGGAGACCAUCUCGAUGGAUGGUCAUAUCAUUGGAAUCCGCACUUCGACUAUCGAUGAGAAAUGCCAAGCGUUCGACACACUCGUUGUCUAUUGCGUGACACUUGGCGGCCGAUUUGCACCUUAUCUCGCCCAGAAACCAUCAUAUCGCGCUCUCUUCCGUGAUUUCCUGAAGGCGAACUUCUGUGAAGAGAAUUCGGUGUUUUGGAUGGAUGUCGAAGAUUUCAAGCGCAACUUCAAUACGACUUCUAGUGCACAAGCUGCAGCACCUACUCAGUCAGGCAGCAAACUGAGCGUGCGCAGGAAGGCGGCAAACGAGGGCGAGAGCUUCUUAAGAGUCGAUAUCUGGGAUGUGAACAAUGUGUCCCCACCGUUGUCGGCUGCGAGAGGAGAAUGGACGUUUUAA